AUGUCGUCUACUAAUACUAUGUCCGCCCCAACCUUCGGAAUCUCUCAACCGAUUUCUCAGGAUUUUCCAAAUAAAAAGGAUCUGCUACUCAACAAGUCUCUCACCGAAACUCUGAAAUCAUUCAACUGCUUCGAACCAUCUGAAGAGACAUCUCAACGAGUGAAAGUGCUGAACAAGCUGAAUUUCCUCGUCAAGAAAUGGAUUCACCUGCUCACAAUCACCCGAAUCCCGAUGGAUGUUGAUGCUGGAGGAAAACUGAUUGCCUUUGGAUCGUAUCGCCUCGGUGUUCACAGCUCUGGAUCGGAUAUCGACACUCUGGUUUUGGCUCCUCGUCAUGUCACUCGAAUGGACUUUUUCUCUUCAUUCAAGAAAAUUUUGUUGAAGGAUUCGGAAGUGAAGGAUUUGCAGGCAGUGGAGACUGCAUUUGUUCCAAUAAUGACUCUCAAAUACUCCGGAAUCGAAAUUGAUUUGCUGUUUGCUCGUCUGGAUAUGCCAACUGUUCCAGACAACAUCGACUUAUCGGAUGAGAAUAUUCUCAAGAACUUGGAUCCAGAAAGUGUCAGAAGUCUCAACGGAUGCCGAGUCGCCGAGCAACUUCUAAAGCAAGUGCCCAAUCAAUUAACAUUCUGUGAAACACUCCGUGCAGUCAAGUUGUGGGCCAAGAACCAUGGAAUCUACUCAAACGCCAUGGGAUUCUUUGGAGGAAUCACUUGGGCAAUUCUGGUUGCUCGUACCUGUCAACUCUACCCAAAUGCAGCUCCUUCUAAACUCAUCCAGAAGGUGUUCUUCGUAUUUUCAACUUGGAAUUGGCCAUCACCAGUAAUUCUCAAGCAUAUGGAAGACCGUUUCGAUAUGAAGAACUUGAAACAAUUGGUUUGGGAUUCAAGAAGAAAUUUCGCUGAUCGACUCCACUUGAUGCCUAUCAUCACCCCUUCAUUCCCGGAACAGAAUUCGACACACAAUGUAUCCCGAUCGACGCUCCAAGUGAUUCAGAAAGAGAUGAAAGAAGCAUUCAAAAUCUGUGAAGAUAUUCAGAAGGGCAAAGCCACAUGGAAGGAUCUCCUGGAAGAAACCAACUUCUUCUGCAAGUACAAACACUUCAUUGCAAUCUCCAUCAAUGCUGAAAAGGAGAAAGAGGAGACUCAAUUCGCUGGAUUUUUUGAAUCUCGUAUUCGACAGCUGGUUCAACUUCUGGAGAGGAACUCACAAGUACAGAUUGCUCAAGUCAAUACGAGAAAGUUCAAAGCAUCUUCUUCACCUGGAAAAUCCCAAUGGUUCAUUGGAUUGGAAUUCAUCCAGGAGGCCAAGAAUUUGGAUUUGACCGAAGAGAUCAAGAGAUUCAAGAAGAUUAUUGGUAAUCAAGCCAAGGAGAAAAUCGGAACUGUCCAAAUCGAUGCGGUGUAUGUCAAAAGAAGCAACUUGAUCACGUACAUCUCUGCAGCUGAGCUAAAACGAGGAAAGUUUAUGAAGAAGGAAACAUCGCCGGAGAAGGAGAAUGCCAACCGAAAGCGACCAACGACAAAAAAAUCUGGAGAUGAUGUGAAGAAGCCAAGGACCGCCUUCAACUCAAUAGGUUCUGUUCAAACUACUUUUUGA